GUGGAAGUACGAGAUUCACUGGAUUUGAUGGCUCGUCGGCUGUUUCUCCUCCUCCUCGCCGUCACGGCAGGGUUGAGCUUGACGGGAACAACCGUCAGAGCAGUUGGCAUAAAUUGGGGGACAGAAGCGUCGCACCCUCUUCCGCCUUCAAAGGUUGUAGAGCUUCUGAAAUCAAACGGCAUUGUCAAAGUGAAGCUCUUCGAUGCCGACCCAAAAGUUCUCCGAGCUCUCUCUGGUUCUAAUAUUGGUGUCACUAUCGGAAUCCAAAAUUCGAUGCUCAAGAGCUUGAAUGCAUCCGUAAAGGUAGCAGAGAGCUGGGUACAUGACAAUGUCACUCGUUACUUCAACGGUGGAAACAGAGUUCGAAUCGAGUAUGUAGCAGUUGGAGAAGAGCCAUUUCUCCAGAGCUAUGGCAAUCAGUAUAAGCCUUUUGUGAUUGGGGCAGCUAUGAAUAUCCAAAAUGCUUUAGUUAAGGCGAACUUGGCAAAUGAAGUGAAGGUUGUAGUCCCCUCAAGCUUUGAUUCCUUUCUUUCUGAAUCUGGUCGACCUUCUUCAGGACACUUUAGGGCUGACCUCAACAAGACGAUGAUUGAACUCCUCUCCUUUCUCACAAAGCACCACUCUCCUUUUUUUGUGACAAUCUCUCCUUUCCUAAGCUUUCACCAGAACAAGAACAUCUCCCUUGACUUUAGCCUCUUUAAAGAAACAGCAAAGGCUCACAAAGACGGACGUAAAACCUACAGAAACAGCUUUGAUCUAAGCUAUGACACACUUGUCUCUGCAUUGUUCACAAUUGGGUUUUCGGAGGUGGAUAUCGUUGUGUCAAAGAUCGGUUGGCCUACAGAUGGAGCAGAAAAUGCAACAUCACUGACUGCUGAGGCGUUCUUUAAAGGACUGAUAGUUCACUUGGAGAAAAAGACGGCCUCUCUCCCGCGUCCUCCUGUUGAAACCUACAUUGAAAGUCUCUUGGACGAAGAUCAGAGAAACUUAUCUGCUGGGAACUUUGAGAGGCACUGGGGAGUGUUCACUUUCGACGGUCAAGCCAAAUACAAUUUCAGUUUCAACCAUAAGAAUCAGGUAAACGCGCAGAAUGUUCAGUACCUUCCUCCUAAGUGGUGUGUGGUGAACAAUAACAAGGACUUGUCAAACGCGUCAGCAAGAGCAUUAGAAGCGUGUGCUGUUGCGGACUGUACAUCGAUACUUCCUGGCGGGUCGUGUUCAGGCAUCAGAUGGCCAGGCAACGUUUCAUACGCGUUCAAUAGCUUGUACCAGCAAAAUGAUCACAGUGCAGAAAGCUGCAACUUUGGUGGACUUGGUUUGAUCACUACUGUUGAUCCUUCUGAGGAUAAUUGCCGGUUCUCGAUUCAACUUGACACUUCUCAUUCAUCUUCGCAAACUCCAAAUUUCUUUCAGAGCUGGCCUCUCCUCUUAUUGUUCCUACUGUCCGGACUCUUUUAAAGUUGUAGUUAUAGCAAAAUUUUGGUGGAUUUUGCCUCUAAUUUCUCUCUAAUAGCCACAUUUCAAAACUGUAUUGGGCUACGUAAAAAAUAACUGUUAUUGGGCUGGGCCUUCGUAAAGGUUAGAUGAUUAUGGGCCUUAGAACCAUGUUGUCUUAUUUGAUAAAAAAAGCAAGUCCAGUUAUUUUGGGAAACCGGUCGGUAAAAGAUAAGAUGUAAAAGAAUUUAAGAUUUAAGAUAAAUGCAAUAAUAAAG